CUGGCGGGGUCGGUGGCGGCGGCGGCGGCGUCGGCGUCGGGAAAGCCAGAGAAGCGCGCCGCGCUUGGAUGCGCCACUGUUGUUGAGGUGAUCGAGCAGCAUGCAAGUUGCGGGCGUGCGAAUGUCGGGGCGAGGCUGUCCCUAUUUCGAUCCUGACUACGAUACUCUCAUUUCCAGGCUCAACGCUCCCAGCGUUGUCAUCGACAACUCGAGCUGCGAUGAUGCAACGCUUGUCAAGGUUGACAGUGCCAACAAGCACGGGAUUCUACUGGAAGUUGUGCAAGUGCUCACGGACUUGGAUCUCACCAUUUCAAAGGCGUACAUCUCGUCGGAUGGUGGCUGGUUCAUGGAUGUUUUCCAUGUCACCGAUAAGCUGGGACACAAGCUCAGGGACCAGGGCAUAAUCGACUACAUACAGCAGUCCCUUGGAGAUGCACAGGCAACGACGAGUCAGGUGAAGACUUCCCUUGCACCGACUGUUGGGACGCAGUCCAGUGGCGGGCACACGGCAAUUGAGCUCUCUGGAAGAGAUCGGCCGGGUCUCUUGUCAGAGAUAUCGGGGGUUCUAACGGGCAUGACGUGCAAUGUAGUGGCAGCCGAAGUGUGGACACACAACAAGCGUGUUGCCUGCGUCGUUUACGUGACCGACGAGGCGACAGGCUGCCCGAUAAAAGACCCCGAGAAGCUGGCCAGAAUGAAAGAGCGGCUCUCGCAGGUGUUGAGAGGGGACGAUGAGAACAGGCUUGCAACGACCGAUUUCUCGUCGGGCCUGACGCACACAGAGAGACGAUUGCACCAGAUGAUGCUGGCCGACCGCGACUACGAUGUUCCCAGCAGCACAAGCAGCAUCAACGCGGUCCUGGAUGCCAGGAUCAGGCCCGUCAUAAGCUUGCGGAACUGCCUCGAGAAGGGCUACUCGGUCGUGAGCGUCCAGUGCAAGGACCGUCCCAAGCUGCUCUUUGACACAGUGUGCACGCUGACAGACAUGGAGUAUGUGGUAUUUCACGCGUCAGCUAGAGCAGACGGCCCAUACGCAUACCAGGAGUACUACAUCAGACACAUGGAUGGCUGCACGCUGGAUCUGGAUGCCGAGCAGGAGCGCGUGGUAAAGUGCUUGGAGGCAGCAAUCGAGCGGCGAGUGUCCGAGGGGCUGCGACUGGAGCUGUGUACCCGAGACCGGGUUGGUCUGCUGUCGGACGUAACCAGGGUGUUCAGGGAGAAGGGGCUGUCGGUGACAAGGGCCGAUGUGUCCACCCGGGGCGACAGGGCUGUCAAUGUGUUUUACGUGACGGACACAUCGGGCAAGGCGGUGAGCAUGAAGGUGGUGGAGGCGCUGCGGCUGGAGAUUGGGCAGGCAAUCCUGGAGGUGAAGGAGGAAGUCAAGGAGGGAAGAGGAGAGGGAGCGGCGGAGGUGGCGGCGGAGGUGGCGGCGGCGGGGGGCAUGAGCCGGUCGCGCUUCUCGUUUGGGAACCUGUCGGAGCGAUUCUUUCACGGCCUGGGCCUCGUCAAGUCGUACUCUUGAGAGAGCAAGUUUAAAGCGGUGGUGGAGCGCGCAUUUGUUUGUGUAAAUAUCUUCUUCUCGUGUCAAUACAAAACACCAUGGGCGUCGUG